AGCUAAGUAAGGGUCCAUGGAAAGGACCCAAACAUCAGAAACCGGAAAUUGUGAGAGCAUGAAGUAAACAUUGAAGUUAACGCUGAAAUUAUUUUAUUUCCUGCUCUUUCAGAUUCCUCGGAGUGGAUAAAAUGAAUAACAUAUCCCCUGAGGUUGCACUGCUCCGCAUCUCACCUGAACUGCGGCCCCUGCUCUGCAGUGUAGUGCGGAACGGCCGAGUGGGACUGGACUCCACCAACUGUCUCCGUGUAACAGACCUCAAAACUGGAUGUACAUCUCUGACCACUGGUCCCUGUUGUGAUCGCUUCAAACUUCAUAUCCCGUAUGCUGGAGAAACUCUAAAAUGGGAUAUCAUAUUCAAUGCACAGUUCCCAGAAUUACCUCCAGAUUUCAUUUUUGGUGAAGAUGGCGAGUUUCUCCCCGAACCCUCAGAGCUACCGCACCUGGUCCAGUGGGAUGCAGGGAAUCCUGAAAGUUUGCUCCAGCUGGUGAAGGAGCUUCUCCAACAGUACCACAGCUACCAGUGCCAGCGUCUGCAUGAGAGCUCCAGGCUGCUCUUUGAGUAUGACAGUCUGCUGGAGGAUCCCAACUAUGGCCGCAACAUGGAGAUCUAUGCUGGACGCAAGAACAGCUGGACAGGAGAGUUUUCUGCCCGAUUCCUUCUUAAGCUCCCGGUGGACUUCAGCAACAUCCCCGUCUAUCUCCUCAAGGACACAGCUCUGGACCCUGGAGAGGAUGUGGCCCUUCUGUCGGUGAGCUUUGAGGACGCUGAGGCCACUCAAGUUUUUCCUAAACUCUACCUUUCCCCCAGCAUUGAACAUGCUCUUGGAGGCUCAUCUGCACUUCAUAUCCCAGCAUUCCCUAGUGGUGGCUGCCUAAUUGACUACGUCCCUCAAGUGUGCCUGUUACUCACCAACAAGGUGCAGUAUGUUAUCCAAGGUUAUCACAAGAGGAGAGAGUAUAUCGCUGCCUUCCUCAGCCACUUUGGAAUGGGGGUGGUGGAGUACGAUGCAGAGGGUUUCACUAAGCUUACCCUUCUGCUCAUGUGGAAGGACUUUUGCUUCCUAGUGCAUGUGGAUCUGCCGCUGUACUUCCCCAGAGACCAGCCCACACUCACUUUCCAGUCUGUGUAUCACUUCACCAGCAGUGGCCAGCUAUACUCUCAAGUGCAGAAGUCUUAUCCCUAUAGCCCACGCUGGGACGGCAACGAGAUGGCUAAGAGGGCAAAGGCGUACUUCAAGAGCUUCAUCCCUCAGUUCCAAGAGGGAGCCUUUGCCAGCGGGAAGCUGUAGUGCUCUCUAGCUUAAUGACGUACCUGGAGAGUUGCCUGUGGGAGUGUGUGUCUGUUGUGAGUGUGUGUGUGUAACUGUAUGCGCGUAUGCACAGUCAAAGAGUAGAGUGAGAGCGACAGUGUGCUUAUUUGCGCACAGACUCUGAAUUCCAUGUUUUUUGGCCUUGAAGUUAUUACCUCUUCAGUCAGUCCCUUCACUUUUUUUAUUGUACUUGUAGAGUGAAGCCACUUAGCUGGAGAAGUCUAGUCUUUCAGUCACCGCACUGGCUGCACCAAUUUCUGAAUAUCACCAUUGCUAUAGAGCACUAAAAAAAAAGGCCUUUAUUUUGAAAACUGACAGGAACUUAAUUUGACGUGCAGCCUACUGCACAGUAUCUCUGUUGGACAGCGUUGUUUUAUUGUUUUCUUAUUGUGUGCCAGUGAUGCUGGCUUGAAACAGUCAAAUGACAAAAGGGCACUAAGCUGUGAACAGAUAUUUGUUUGCACUUCACGUAAACAAUAUGUAAACUAGUUCAACGAGGAUAUGGUCUCCAACUUGUAAACAUCUUUUAGAAAUUCAUUUGGCGCGUUUUCUUCCAUGUUGAACUGUACAUUCAUAUAAUAAAUACUUGUGAGAGUGUAA